AUGUCUAAAGAUCAUGAUGAAGAGAAGGCAACUGGGAGCGGAAUGUGUGGAAGCACGAAGCUCACAAAAUUGUAUGUGAGGUUGGAGAAGAUAAGCGAAGAUAUAAAUCGAAUGAGGAUAGCAUUUGAGGAGGGUUCAAUUUCGCUGGAUCCAUUACAAAUCCAAUGUCGUUUGGAAGUAUUGAACUCCUAUAUUGAAAAAGCAAUGGCCCUGCAGUCCGAGAUCGAUGUACUAGACCCAGAUAAUUCAGAUAGGGCGGCGUUGGAAGAAACGUGUGUGAUCACAAAGGCUCUGUACAUGUCGGCAGCGACCAACAGAUCCCCUCAACCAUACAUGAAUUCAGCACCCACACACCACCACUCCAAUUUUCCAAAAUUGAAGUUGCCGAAGUUCAGCGGCAAGCAUGCGGAUUACAAACAGUUUAUUAGUCUGUUUGAAAGUUUGGUAGAUUCCGACCCGUCGUUGUCCAAUAUAGAGAAGUUCAACCAUCUCAUAUCGUGCUUGUCCGAUGAAGCCUUGGGAACCGUUAAGGCGUUCCAAAUGUCCAAAGGCGUUAGAAAGUUUGAAGAGGGUGUACGACAACAAGUGCUUAAUAUUCUUUGA